UCUGAGAAGCAUCUACUGCUUGGAAAAACACUAAAAGGCAGACAGAACUAAACUCACCAGCAUCAUCAUGAAGCCAGGCAGCUUUUUCCUCCUCACUCUGAUGGUCUUCUUUUUGUACUCAGAUAUUGUUGUGAAAGCAACAUGGGAAGCGGAAUAUUGCAAAGGGCAUCCAAACCCAGCAUGCAUCUUCGAGAAACGUCCCCACUGUGGUUCUGAUGGCGAGACCUAUGGCAACCAGUGUGACUUCUGCAAUGCAUAUUUCGAAAGUAGAAGAAAGCUGAAACUGAAAUACUAUGGAAAAUGCAAAAAAGCUUAAGAUGCACAAGACUAUGAAACAUCUACAAAAGAAGUCCCGUUUCUCUUUAAGCUUCACUCAUCGCAUCACCACAAAAAAGAAAUCCAUUCUUCUCUUUGCUUAUCCUCUGUGAGCCAGUGAAUAUCUUGCAACAUCUUGAUUCGAUUUAUCAAUAAAUAAGCUCAGCAACAUUA